AUGGAUUCUAAAUCGAUGUCCAAAGAUUCGAUGAAAUCGACAUGGCGAACUGCGCCUCGCAGUGAGUGGAACAUAAACCACUGGCUGCUGGAUCUGCUCAACGCCCAUCCUCAAGACCUCAACAAGGAAGUGCCCGUGCACAGCAAAGACGAGAAAGUCCCGUUUAUGCCUCAGUGGUCUCUACAACGCUGGGUACUCUUCUACUCUGCACUUCCACUCCUCCUCCACGAAACAUAUAUGGCCUACACUGGCCGUACUAUCGGACCAAUCACCGCCUUCAACUUUUACUUCUUCGCCUUCAACGCCACUGUCAUCUACCAGGUGCACAUUCUCCGUCGUCUAGGCCACAAAUAUGGUUUCCUUGACGGGGACAAGCAUGAACGAGAUGGCGUGCCCGACGUAGGCGUGGCCAAAGUAGUCACAUCGCUCUACAAAACCACCGGGUCUCGCCUUAUCCUCUCGGUCUUCCUUUCCUACAAUGCCAGCCAACGCCCCUCGGAGAUGUCGUGGGCGUGGCUUCCGCUCGAAAUUGGUCUAUACGGCAUUGUUCUUGACUUCUGGUUCUACUGGUACCACCGCUUGAUGCACGAUGUGAGCUUCCUCUGGAAGUUCCACCGCACGCAUCACCUGACCAAACACCCUAACCCCCUACUAGCCGCCUACGCCGACCAUGAACAAGAAUUCUUCGAUAUGGUCGGCGUCCCGAUGAUGACCUAUUUUAGUCUUAAACUUAUGGGUCUGCCGAUGGGCUUCUAUGAGUGGUGGAUCUGUCACGAGUACGUUGCCUUUGCUGAAGUCUUCGGGCAUAGUGGACUGCGUAUGCAUCUCACUGUACCUUCGACACUGAGCUGGCUACUUCAGAUGUUUGACUCGGAGAUUGUUAUUGAGGACCAUGAUCUGCAUCACCGUAAGGGGUGGCGUAAGAGCCACAAUUACGGUAAGCAGACUAGGCUGUGGGAUCGCAUUUUUGGUACUUGUACCGAGCGUAUUGAAUCUGCGGCCGAUAAUGUCGACUACGAGAACACGGCUAAGAUGCCUCUUUUCUGA